CCAUCUGGGUCGCCAUUCAAAAUGGUUGUCGAUGUCCUGCAUCCCGGGAAGGCCACAGUCCCCAAGACUGAAAUCAUGGAGAAACUUGCCAAGAUGUACAAGACCACACCUGAUGUUGUGUUCGUAUUUGGCUUCAGGACUCAGUUCGGAGGCGGCAAGACAACCGGCUUUGCCAUGGUGUACGACUCCCUAGACUACGCCAAGAAGAAUGAGCCCAAACACAGACUAGCCAGACAUGGUCUCUAUGAGAAAAAGAAGACCUCCAGGAAACAGCGCAAGGAACGCAAGAACAGAAUGAAGAAAGUACGAAUUAAACACUCUGAGCUGCUACAUGGGAGGAGAACGAAGACAAACAACAAGCAGUCGGCCCAGCUCUACAUGUCUGACACAGUUGGACCAGCCAAGCGCUGGGAUUUCCAGCCCUGCAGCUGCUCCGCGUCCCCCGGGAGGCUGCAGGGAGUUUGGAAGGAAAUCAAACAUCACUGCCAGUGA